AUGAGGUCGUGCAGUGCUUUGGGUGAUUGGCUUAAAGAAAACGACCUCACAUCAACAGCUAAAGGGUCAGAGGAAGAAGAAUGGUAUGACUAUAAGGAGAAUGAAAUUAUCGCAGAUCUUCUACCAGAGCUCAAUUCUGGGCGGGAUACUGUUCUGUCGCCUGUUUCGAACGGAACACAGCUUGCACAAGCAAAUGUUUUCCACUUCGCGACAUGGCUAAUGAUGUGA